AUGGAGAACAGGACAGAAGUGACACAGUUCAUCCUGCUGGGACUGACCAGUGACCCAGGCCUGCAGGUUCCCCUCUUCAUAACCUUCCUCCUCAUCUACGUCAUCACUGUGGUUGGGAACCUGGGGAUGAUCCUGCUGAUUCUCUUGGACUCCCGGCUCCACACUCCCAUGUACUUCUUCCUGGGUAACCUGUCUCUGGUGGAUUUUGGUUAUUCUUCAGCUGUAACACCUAAAGUCAUGGCUGGGCUCCUUAUAGGAGACAAAGUCAUUUCCUACAGUGACUGUGCUGCUCAGAUGUUCUUUUUUGCAGCCUUUGCUACUGUAGAAAACUUCCUAUUGGUGUCAAUGGCUUAUGAUCGCUAUGCAGCAGUGUGUAAGCCCCUGCAUUAUACUACCACCAUGACAACAAGUGUGUGCAUGUGGCUGAUCGUUGGCUCUUAUGUCACUGGUUUCCUGAAUGCUUCCAUUCACACUGGAGACACAUUAAGUCUGUCUUUCUGUAAGUCUAAUAUGAUACAUCACUUUUUCUGUGAUAUCCCAGCAGUCAUGAUUUUGUCCUGCUCUGAUAGUCAUGUUAGUGAGCUGAUCCUUCUUUAUGUCGUGAGCUUCAAUAUCUUUUUUGCUAUCAUAGUAAUCUGGAUAUCUUACACAUUCAUUUUUAUUACCAUCCUAAAGAUGCAAUCAGCUGUGGGACAUCACAAGACUCUGUCCACCUGUGCCUCCCACUUCACAGCAGUCUUUAUAUUUUAUGGAACUGUCAUCUUCAUGUACCUGCAGCCCAGUUCCCGUCACUCCAUGGACACUGACAAGGUGGCAUCGGUGUUCUACAGUAUGGUCAUCCCCAUGCUGAACCCUUUAGUCUACAGCCUGAGGAACAAGGAGGUCAAGAGUGCAUUUUUGAAAGUCAAAAGUGCAUUCAUUUGUUGGAAGAAAAAUAUGCAGGCCUUUAAAGUAUGA